UCUACGGAUGGUCACACUAUCACAAUUAUUUUUUUCAAACGAGUUGACAGCUCCGUUAAAGCAGAUAAAAAAUUUUUGUUUUCUGCGAGUGGCAAAGCAUAAAAAUAGUUUUACAUUUGUUUUAAAUCGUGCCUGACUGUUAAUAGCGUGGUGCAAAAUGGCGCGUCGCUCAAAUUUCAUUGAGGGCAACGACAAUUUUCGCGAGCAGAACUUGCGAUUCGUGCGGAACGAGUUUGAGGACAACAUCAACCAGUUCUUCGGAGGUGCGAAUCCGGGCGGAAGUGGCCAGCAAAAGCCUCCGCCGCGGGAUUCGCUAAUUGUUCAGCCGACCGCAGGAAACAACGAACUGGACAACCGCCGUCAGUUUCUCCGGGAGCUGGGCGCCAGUCGGAUGUUGGCCAACGCCCUGGCACAGCGCACCUUUAAGGUGCCCAACUUCAACCUGCGCCACUUCCAGCGCCAGCGGUUCCGCCUCAGCGUCGAGCUGGGCGACAGUCGUCAGGAUGUAGUGGACAAGGAGGUGCUGCGGGCCAUCGGGGAAGCGGUGGAGAGCCAGGACGACGCAGAGUCACGUCCACGCACUCCAUCGCCGCCGAGGAACAUUGAUUGGCACACCAUUAGCCGGGAUACUUCGCCGGGGCGGAUUGAUCGGUCGCGUCCGAGGAACCGACAAAGGGAGGACGAAUUUCAAGGCCGGAGGGACAACAGUCGGGGAUUUGCAGUCCCAAGGAAUUCGGGACCCCAUAAUGCUCCGAUCAAUCGAAACCAAGAUGUCAAUCGCAAUAAUCAUAGCGUGAAUACUGAGGAAGCAAUCCAUAGAAAUUCUGGACCAAUUAAUUUUCCGAUCAAUCGCAAUAAUCGUACCAUGAAUACUGAGGAACUUAAUCGAAAUGCGAACAAUCAGGAAUUAAACCGAAACAAAAGACCUGAUGCAUUCGUUCAUAAUAAUCGUGGUACAAAUCAGCCGGCAUUCAAUCGCAAUAAUCGUGGUGCGAAUCCACAGGAAUUUCAUGGCAAUCGAAAUGUAAAUCCAAAUCGAGAUGAUAAUCGCAUUAAUCGUAAUGCAAAUGAAUUGAACAGAGAUCCACAGGAAUUCAAUCGCUCUAAUAGAAAUGCAAAUCCGCAGGAAUAUAAUCGCAACAAUAGAAAUGCAAGUUUGCAAGAUUUUACUCGUAAUAAUCGUAAUUUUAACAACGAUGAAUUUAAUCGAAAUAAUCGAAAUGUUACCGCUGAUGAAAUGAAUCGAAACAAUGGUACUGUUGGUCCGCUGGAGUUUAAUCGCAGUAAUCCAAAUUCGGAUGAAUUCAAUCAAAACAAUCGCGAUUUGUGUCCGCAAGGACUUAAUCGCUAUGCGAAUCCACGGCAAUUUAACCGCAACCAGGAACCCAAUGUCGAUAUACAAAAUGUCCAAGGAUUAAAUCGCAACACCAACAUUCGUGGUGAGCAACAAAAUAUUAGAGAUAAUGCCUCGAACUUUGUCAACCCCCGGAUGAACUAUAAUCGUGGGCCUAACAUUCAGGACUUUGGUCAUAAUCAACCAACCAGCUUGGAUCGAAAUUCGAUAAUCAAUCAACAUGGCAACUUAGUUGAAAACUUUCAACUGCCCAGAGAUCGAUUCCACUCACCUGACAACCAUCCACAACCGCAGCGUUAUGUGGACCAGGACAUUCGCGAAGUGAACGACAACUUUGGCGGAAAUCCUGAACCCCAAGCUAAUCGCAAUUACCAACGUAUUGUCAAUAACAAUCAAAUAACACUCUGUCGCACUGAUUGGAUUGACGCCAACGAACGAGAUCUAGACGGUGGCAACUAUAUGUCGAAUGAACGCAACUUUAUCGAAGAUCCCCGUUUCAUCGAGGCAGAAAAUUAUGCCAUCAUGCACGAUGAUGGUUUUCAUGGACAUCAGCACGAUAACUUUAAAAGACCAGAUGUCCGCAACCGCGAAGAGCGAAACUUUAAGGGAAACCAACCCAUCUCCAGGGAACAUUACAGCGAUGAUCAUAAUUCAUAUGGACGCGAUCGCCACUUUGACGACAAUAGGCGCCAGCUUGAUCGCGAACCCGAUCGUCCGCACAACUUAAACGACGAUUUCGAUCAGCGGAACAACUCUUCACGUGGCGCUGACACACAACGCCUUCCCCCAAGAGAAACUGCAGCAUUCCGGGGCUCAAAUAACCGCCACUUUCCACCGAACCACCAGUAUCAGCAGACUAUUGAUCGCGGAUCGGGCUCUGGUAAUCGUUACCGCGAUAGCCAGCAAUCUGGAGGUCUCAAUCCCAACAGACCAAUCGCUGAUAGAAUUGCUCAAAGAAACGCCAAUUCGGUUAGUUCAAAUCAAAUCCAAACAAAUGCAAAUCAUCCCCGAACAAGUCUAGAUCGGAACAUGGCCAGGAACAUAAAUCCCAGUGGCCAAGUACACCGCAAACCAAGUCUGGAGCGCAACCCAAGGGCAAACUUUAUUCCUGGCGGUCCAGAUAACAAUCAAAGAUCAAAUUCAUUAACAGCUCAAAAGCGUGGCUCAUCCAGGAAUUCCGGCGGACCCAAUCAAAUCCGCCCAAAUACAUCAACAAGUCUAGAUCGCAGUGCAUCAAGGAAUGUUAAUGCUCCCAGUCAAAACAAACCAAAUCCAAACCAACUACAAGAUGGAAAACCUGGUGCUCUAAAUCCAAAUAAUAAGAAGCCAGGCGUUCCGCCAAACAAUCGUGCACCGAUUCAGAACAAAACUAAACAACCGGCAAUCCGCACUAAGAACACCAAUCCAACCAAGAACAACGCGGUCAUGGCAAACCCACGCGCUGGGCAAAAAAGGGAAGCGGAUGCCGCAGGGUUGGGUGCCCAAAAUGGGUCUAAGAAAGCGGACCCCAAGCGCCAGAAGGUGGACUCCAAUCGGAGCUUCAUUAUAGCCGGAAUUCGCUUGCCCUAUAUCAAGGACGAGAGCAAGAAGCUGCCACAAAAAGAGGAGGAUUCCUAUGCGGUGACCUUCUUCGAGCAAACGCCCAUCUACAACACAAACAUAUAUGCCACCGACGAUGGAGCAAUUGUUGCGGAGGAGGAUGAUGAUGAUGACGUAUCUGAAUCUGAGUCUCUGGACUCCAAUCGAUCUGGGGUUCAGUCAGGGGCUUACCAUCGCAACUCCAAGAAGAAAUUACGCUCCCAGUUGCGUAAGGAGUGGACUAAAAUCUAUAGGAAUAAUAACUACAAGGACUGGCACAAUUGGUGGCGUGAUUACAAGUGGUGCGGCAGCGAAAUCAACAAGAAGCUGGAGAAGUACGGCGACCGCUCACUGCGCCACCGCUUCGGUCCCUCGUCACCAAAGGCCAAAUCCGCACACGUGGUCAAUCAGGUGUUCAAACUGGGUCACAUGGGUCUGGAGAAGAAUACUUUCAGCCACUACCGCAACAUGCGCUCCAUAUUCCUUCUGAUGAACGAGACAUUCCUCGAGAAAUUGUCCAAGAAGCAAAUGGAGGAGUUGCAGGACCUGAUCCGUGGCAUUCCCAAUCACCUAUGGCUGUACAAGAUACGCAGCAUGCUCUACCUCUGGGAGAGGUACCAUGCCACUCUAAAGAGUCCAGUCGCAAAAAAUGCGCACAAGGCAAAGGAAAUUCAGACGAUUGCGCGGGAAUGGAAGAAUCCAGUCUUCCAUUGGCUGGCCAAGCAAGCUUUCGAUGAGCUCAAGGCAAUCAGCGAGAUCGCCUGGCCGGAUCACAAUAAAAUCUAUCCUGGUUUGAAAGGAUAAUUUAAUUGCGCACCUUCUUACCCAAAUAACUUUAAACUUUAUGUACAAUAGAUUGUAUACAGAAUGAAAACCAAACCAAAUAAAUCAUGGAUAUACAUACAUAGCUUCUGCAAAGGAAAA